AUGAGAAUCCCAUUCAUCAUAAAAAAGAAGAAACUACACCUUUUUCUUCUACCAAAUAAAAAGAGGUAUUAUAUGAGUUAUCGUGAAAUAGUAAAAUUUAAAAAUAAUGGUAAGGAAAAUAAUAAACAAUUGAACAUAGAAAAAAAAAACAUUGGUCACUUAAAUAGAGAAGGUUGUGUAUCUGUUCAUACAACAACAACACCUUUUGAAAUAUUUAAAUGGUCCUACAUUUUGAACACAAAAAAUGAGAAAGCAAUAAAUGAUAUAAUAAAUCGUCAAGAUCAAGAAGAAAAAGUAGAAAAAAAGGGAGAGAAAAAAAAGAAAAGAAAAAAAAACUUAACGAUAUUAGAUAUCAAUAAAAUCAUGAAUCAUUAUCGCCUUAUAAUAAAUGUAAAUGAAAAUGAUAUAUUUAUUGAAAAAGAAAUACAGAAUGCUUUUUAUAAUAUAAUAAAUGAUUUAUCUUAUUACUUUGAUAAAUAUGAUACCAUAAGUAUGGUAUUAAAAAAUAUAAUGAAAAACGAAUCCCUUUUUUUUUAUUUAAUAUAUAAUAAUAUGAAAUAUAUACACGCUUUACCAUUUAAAAUGUUUUGGAAAUAUCAAAACGUAGAAGAAUUUUAUAAAAAUAAAAAUAUUAAUGAAUAUGAUAAUGAUGAAAAUGAAUAUAUAUUUAAAAGUGUGGACCUAGGUCAGAUAGAUGAUUUAUUAAAAGAUGAAGAUACAUUAAAUAAUACAAUUAAUAACAAUGAAACAAAAAUAUCUGAUGUUGAAUAUUCAUCUGAUAAUAAAACGGAAAAGAUAAAGAAACAAGAGGGAGAUAGAUAUACCCAUUUUUAUGACAAAAAGACAAUAUGUAAUUAUACUAAAUAUAAUUUUAAUGAAAAGAAUGUAAAAAAUAUUAUGGAUAUACCUAAUAAAUACAACAUUUCAACUAUUUCAUAUAAACGUAUAAAUGAUAAUAAAAAAAGUAAUAUUAGUUUAAAAACAAAACAUAUGAAAGGUAGUAUAUUCAAAACAUGUGAAUUAUUCAAGAGGAGAGAGAAAUAUUUUAUGAGUACAUUAGCAUCAUCCAAUAAUGUAUAUGAUAAGAUGGAAAGAAAACAUUUUAACGAAGAAAAAAAUAAUCAUCAAAAGGAAGAAGAAAAUUAUAAUAAGAAAAUAAAUAAUAAUAACAACACAAAAUGUAAUGAUAAUAAUAAUAAUAAUACACAUUGUCAUGAUAAUAAUGUUACUAACAAUAUAGGAGUGGAUACAAAAGAAGACGUCAUUUCAGAUGGGAAUGAAUUAUGUAAUAAUAUAAAAAUGGUUGAAGAAAAUGAUUUUAUGUAUGAUAUAAAAAUGUUAGAUAAAAAAAUAAUUAAUUCUGAUGAAUCAGAAAAAAAAAAUUUUCGUACAAGUAAAGUUCCUGUGUCCCCCAUAAGUAGGGCAACCGUUUUUGGUAAGGUUUUUUUUGAUAUUGCAAAAAAUAGUAGUAUAGAAUAUAUAAAAAAUAAAAUAAUAAAUAAAAAUAUAAAUAUAAAUAAAUAUAGUAAUAAUAAUAAUCUAAUGAAUGAUGAUGUAAAUUCUGAUAAUAAUAAUUAUAGCAAUAUAAUAAUGAAUGAAAAGAAUGCAGAAAUUUUGGCAAAUGGUUUAAGCAAAAUGAGAGGUGUAGUUUUAAAAUUAGGACAAAUGAUUAGCUUACAAGAUGAAUAUUUAUCUCCUAUAUUAAUAAAAGCUUUAAAAAUUGUUCAUAAUUCUGCUGAUAUUAUGCCUAAGGAUCAAUUAAUACAAGUAUUAAAAAAAGAAAUUGGAGAUGAUUAUGAAAACAAAUUUGAUUAUUUUAAUUAUGAACCAUUUGCUAGUGCUUCCAUAGGACAAGUACAUGAUGCUAUAAUAAAUAAAAAUAAAAAGGUAGCUGUGAAAAUACAAUAUCCAGGAGUAUAUGAAUCAAUAGAUAGUGAUAUAAAAAAUUUAUUAUUUAUUAAUCAAUAUACAAAUCUUAUAUUAAAAAAUUUAUAUAUAGAAAAUUUAUGUAAUGUUAUCAAAAAGGAAUUAAAAUGUGAAUGUGAUUAUAUUAAUGAAGCAAAAUAUUAUGCUCUUUUUAAAAAUAUUUUUAAAAACAGUAAAUAUUUUUAUGUACCAUCAAUAUAUCCAGAAUAUAUUACAAAACAUAUAUUAGUAACAUCAUAUGUUAAUGGAAUUACAUUAGAUGAAGUUUCAAAGAAAUUACCACAACCUAUAAGAGAUUCAAUAGGUCAACGUAUAUUAUAUUUAUGUUUACAUGAAUUAUUUGUAUUCAAAGUUAUGAAUACUGAUCCAAAUCUGGGAAAUUUCUUAUAUGAUAUAGAAAAAGAUAAAUUAUGCUUAAUAGAUUUUGGAGCUACACGAUCAUAUAAAAAUGAAUUUGUUGAUCAAUACUUAAGGCUAGUUAAAGCUUCAAUAGAGGAAGAUGAAGCAAAAAUAUAUCAUUAUUCUCUUAUGCUUAAUUUUUUCAAUGGUCAAGAAAAUCAAGAAAUGAAAACAUCACAUAUUAAAUCAGUUAUAUUAGUUGGAGAACCAUUUAAAACUGAUAUAUAUGAUUUUGGUCAUAGAGAUAUAGCUAAACAAAUAUAUAAUCUAUUACCUAAAAUUAUAUAUAACAGAUUAAUACCACCUAGGUCAGAAAUAUAUACUUUGCAUAGGAAAUUAUCAGGUUGUUAUUUAAUUUGUAUGAAGUUAAAAGCAAAGGUUAGAGCUGCACAAAUUUUUAAUUCCAUAUACCAAAAUUAUAGAUUCACUAUAGAUGAUACUUAUGUAAACAGAAACAUUAACAGGCAAUAA